AUGAUCCUUGAAAAGAAAUUAAAUAGACAUCCAAAGGAGCAAGUGCAGAGAGAAAACAUUCAACUAAGUCAGUCUGAAUCCAGGCCGCUUCUUCCAAAUUCCAGCUCUGUGACUUUACCUAUCAGGAAAGGAGAGAGAGAACCAACACCGCCUCUUCUAAAAAGUUCGCAUAUGCUUGCUGGAACCACAACCAGCGUCCAGCCAGAAGUAUCCAGCCAGAGUGAAUAUUUAGCAAGAACUUUAUGUCAGAGAUCAAAGAUCAAUGUGAUAUACAAUCCUAUAACACACACUGCUAUUCAAAGUAAUGCAAAUUCUGGUGCUGUGAUGAGGUACUGUUCUGCACAACCUUCUCAACAGGCCAGAAUCUCCAAUGAUAGGAAACAGGGGAGACAAAUCACAUGGGCAAAUGCAAAUGCUCGGCUACCUCCUACAAGUGUACAGAACCUUUAUAAUAAUCCAAGAAAUACUCAGUUUUACAGCAAAGAUGUUCGUCCCUUUCUGAAGUCCACUAAAAAGAUGUUCCAGAUUACUGCAAAUAUGGGAGCUGCUGGUGAUCCAAAAGCAUCACUGGGCAGUUACUCCCAGGCCUAUGGAACCAUAUGUAAAUCUGCACUGCAGAGUCUUCCGAUAUCAAAGUCCUCCCCACAACAUGAGUAG